CGGGAGGGCGACGUCCUCAUCGCGACGUACCCCAAGUGCGGCACGACGUGGAUGCAGCAGAUGGUGCUCCUGCUGCUGGCCAAGGGCGACGCGUCCAAGGUCACGGACCCGAUGGAGCAGUCGCCCUGGCUCGUCCGCGGCGACGGCGACGCGGCCUUCGGCGGCCGGCGGACGUUCAAGACGCACGCGCCCUACGCGCUCCUGCCCUGCGCGGGCCGCUUCUCCAAGGGCAAGAUCAUCGUCGUGACGCGCAACCCGAAGGACGCCUGCGCGUCCAUGUACAAGCACUACCUGGGCCUGCCCGCGUUCAAGUACACGGGGCCCUGGGACCACUUCGUCGGCCUCUUCCUCGACGGCAACGUGGGCCAGGGCUCCUGGUUCGACCACGUCCUGGGCUGGCGGACGGCGAAGGACGACAUCGGGGACCGCCUCCUCUUCCUGAGCUUCGAGGACAUGAAGGCCGACGUCGAGACGUCCGUCAAGCGCAUCGCGGCCUUUAUAGACGUCGACGUCGACGACGAGCUCCUCGCCAAGGUCGUCGCCGCGUCGUCCUUCGACUCCAUGAAGAAGGACCACGAGCGCCGCAAGUCCACGGGCGUCCAGCGCAUGGGCUCGGCGACCCACUUCCGCUCCGGCGCGUCGGGCGGCUGGCGCGCGAACUUCACCGUCGCGCAGUCGGACGCGCUCGACGCGCAGUUCGAGGCGCGCAUG